GUUUUCAGUCCGACAACUUAGCCAAAAUGACUUCCAUGAAUUUACUGGUGAUUAUCUACGUGUUUAUGCUGAUUGGCGGCUACUUGCAAGUCGAUGGAAGACGCCGUUCCAACGAUAGACACUUCUACAAUUACGACGAUGAAACGGAUAACUUUGAGAGAGAGUCGGAUUACAAGUCACUGGGCGAGGAUGAUUUCUCCAAGAGUCUGGAGUUCCAAGCCCCGUCGGAGUCGCAGUCUGACGAUGAUGAAGAUACCUUCGAUGAGUCCCUGGACAACGAUGAUCUGGAGCAGUUGGACAUGGACACAGGCAUUAUUGGGAAGAAGAAACAAGCUCAGCACAAGUCUGGGAGUAAGUGGGCCAAGUCGUGGAACAAGUUAGAGAAAAAAGAAAAGGGAAAAUUGAACCAAGCUGGACAGAUCGAUUUCGACUUCAAGAUGAAUGACGAUGAGGACGAUCAUCAGCAUUAAGAAACAGACACAAACAAUUUCCACCAAACAAAACAUUUUCUUUUAAAGACCCCUUUUUGAAUAAUUAUGUU